GAGAAAGAAGCCGAAUGCGUCAAGCAACCAGAGCAACAGAUUGAAAAGCAUCCAUUUUCAGAACCUUGGGAAGAUAGUGAUUUGGUGCUCGCGGUGGAAGAUGAGACAUUUUAUGUCCAUCGACAGAUACUGAGUUUACACUCACCAGUGUUUAAAGCAAUGCUCAGUUCACAGAAAGAAGGAACGGCCACAGAAAUUCCAUUAGCAGGAAAAAAGGCAAAAGAGGUUUUGGAUUUCCUGAAGGUUCUCUACUUGAAAGAAACAGAAGGCAUUACUUGUAAGUAGAGAACGUGCCUUAAAAAUACUUAGGAAUGUAAUGUAAGUCCUUGUACUGUAGACAUUAUAUAUCGCUAAGGUGGUUUGCAAUGUAUAUGAUGCAAGCCCAAUCAAAGUCAAAAGCAGAAAGACAAUGAUGCUGUGAGGAAAGCAUUCUGCGAAUAUAAAUAUUUUAAAUUCUCGUUGUUGUGUUGAAGUUUGCUGGUGUUCACUGACGUAUACCAUUUGAAAUCAGUUGAAAGCAAAACAAGCGAGUCAAUCUAACAUGAACAAUGCUUUAUUUAAUUUAACCUAUGAAGCGAGUGAUAUCCUUAACGUAAACUUAUCGUCUGGCGUAUCGCUCUAAAGUAGUGAGAACUAUUAUUAGCAAACCAGUCCUUAGUCAAACCUAAAGGAACUGUAACACAGCGAUUACAUCGAAAAGACUAUACGCAGUGCUGAUUCGACGCUUUGCAAACACAACUUCUCGCUUAUUCUUUCGAGAACACAUAUCUAAGCUUCCUAAGGAUUAAAACAAAAUAAUAGAUUGAGUAAUCAAAACAUUUCACAGUCGAAUCGGGCUUCAGGAAAAUCUCACCUGGUGCUUAGACGUUUCGCAAUUAUAUGACCUUCACUGUGUUCAUUGGACUCAACAAAGCAUCCAUACGCAUUCACUACCAGUUUAAAUUUUGAACUGCUUUCUCCGGUGACAUUUAAGUCAUAUGAAGUCGGCGAUAUAUCUUCCUCCAUUUGGAAAAGAAUUUAAGUCUUACUGGCCUCUUUGAUACUGAAGCCAAUCAAAACACUGCGUUUGACAAAAAAGUCGUUUCAAAACACAUGUUCAUGUUUUGAUGCCAGUUUCCUACGACUGUUUCUUUUUCAGCACUGAAAAUUACUCUAUAUUUAUUCUAGAGAAAGAAAGUGACGGUUCAUUUUUUUUUAAAAAAGAGAAAAACAAAAAAUGGGUCAUUUACCUCUCUAGGAGGCUCCAGCCUUAAGGCAAAAGCCAACCAUGUUUUAAUUUGCGCGUGAUAAUUUCGCGUGCUUGAACUAACACGUAGUAAGGAUGCGCAAUGCAGUACUAACAAUCUCCCCGUCCUUCGCCCUUUGUUCUUCUCUUUUUGUUUUUGUUUUCCCUAUCUUUCUAACUGUGGUUUUGGUUACUGUUACUGAUUAGUAAACAAAAUGGGUCACCUUCUGAAGCUAGCUGAUGAGUACGAAGUACAGGGUGUGGUCGAUCUCUGCGUCAAGUGCCUCAAAGAUGUGCCAAAGUCUGAGGAGAAUGUGGUGAAGAUUCUAUAUCUGGCAACAGACACACUAAAAGCUGGUGAGGAUUCUAGGCUUGAUAGCGUUCGCAGAGAUUGCGAAAUCCUCGUUAAAGACAUGGACCUUGCCAAUAUCACUGCAAAGGGUGAUUUUAAGAAUCUGAACCGAGACAGCAUGGAAAAAGUUUUUGUUAAGAGAGCUGAACGUUUAGAAAGUUUCAUUAAGGACGUUCAUCCCCAGUUGAUUGGGUUAGUGGAAUAUUGUUUACACCUAAAACUAGAAUCGCCUUUUCCUUGUGUAACUCGCUGCCCUCAACACCUGCCACCUGGGAAAUCGCUCGGUUCUAGACCUGCACAUAUUGGUCUUCUUCAGCGGAUCAAUAGUUGUUUUGGUUGUAGAGAUAUGAUUACACAGUUAGUUUCUUCAUCUUACAAACCAGUUCAAACCAUAACCCAAGAGGAUGCCUCUGAAUCCCUCCCUGUCCAGGCUGGCCCAACAGGAGUUGUUAAGGAACACGUGUAUGGGGGGGGUUUCCACUUUGACGAGAAAUUGAUUACACUUCUUCAGGAUAUAAACAAGAUAGUUGACCUCCCUCUUCCCAGAUUUGGAACCUCAACUACUAAAACCCCUGCUUCAUUCAGUCUGGGGACCACUGCUGCUAGCCUCCCUCCUUCAUUCAGUUCGGAGACGUCAACUAUCAGCUCCCCUGCUUCAUUCAUUUUGGGGGGAUCAACUACCAGCACCCCUGCUUCAUUCAGUUCGAAGACCUCAGCUACCUACGCGGUGCCUACUUCAUUCACUUUCGGGGCCUCAACUACCCCCUCCCCUCCUUCAAUGGUUGCGGUGACCUCAGCUACCAUCUCCCCUGCUUUAAUCAGUUCGGUGACCUCAACUACCAGCGGCUCUACUUCAUUCACCUUUGGGACC